GACAAACACCUUGAAGUGAGCAGGCUGUAAACAAAUGGCUGAUGGAGUACACAACUGAAGAUGGCUGAACUUAAAUAUGACUUAGCCCUUGUCGACACCCAAAAAGAUAAAAAGAUACAACAUCAGACCUGGUACAAGGAGCGACUAAGAACCAAGUUUAUCAAGUCACUAAGUCCAAAUGACACAUCCAAGAGCCUUGUGGGAAGGAACUGGGUGUUUCUCAAGGAUGGCCUUGAUGAUUUCAGAGAUGGUCUACCUCCUGCAGUCGAAGGCGAUGUUUUCAUAAAGGGUGAGAAAGGACCUGGUCCCAAUGUGACAGGCAGCAGUGAGAAUGUCUCCCCAGUCAAGCAGCCAGCCAUGCGGAACCGCUUUGACAAGUACCAAGUGUGUUACUCUCAGAUUACUCCACAACAGCAGCAGAGGAGAGAACACAUUGAGGAGAUAGAGUAUGGCUUGCUGCAGCAUCCACUGGCUCUCUAUCCUCAUCUGGAGGAGAGUGUACCUCCAGAGUUGUUUGAGGAUAUCGUUGACAUCCUUGACCCUGAAAUGAACAUGGGGUCGGAGGAAGGGUCACUGGUCACAGAGGGGUCAAUAUCAACCCAGAGUGCUCAAGAGAUAGAACAGCCCAAGUCAACUGAGCCAGCUACAACUGAGCGUGUGGACACAGAGCUGGAGGAGGGGGCCGUAAGGAACCCUUACCGAUGGCUGCCUCGUAAGGAAGAGAAGAAGGACAAGAGGAAAACAAAUGAGAAGAGGUCCAGUUCCCCCUCUCAAGAAGAGCACAUCACCAAUGUCACCAAUGACUUCUGCAACUGGGUGGCAAGUCUGGGCGGCGAGUCCAACAACAUUGAAGAAUCGACCAUCACCAGUCUGUUUGCCAGCGGCUACGAAACCAAGCCAGCUCUGUCUGUUCCGAUUCACGUUGUCGAGCUGACCAACGUGCCACAGGAGCUGAGAAUGUCAGCUGCAGCACCUCAACAGCAGCAGACCAACAAGAACCUGCCCCAGUCUGAGGAGAAGGAGAAGAGAUGGUUGUACACGGGAACAUACCAACCCAGCUGGGUGAAGUUCAAAUACGGGGCAUGGUAUCUCAACCCCAAGUCAUGGCAGAGGCGGCAGUGGGACGAUGCUCUCAUCGACCCCAAGGAACUAAAGAACCAGGAGAUGUCUGAGGCCAAGAAGAAAAGCCAUGAUUUGAACCUCGAGUUGUCACAGAUGCAUGGCUCCAAUGCUUUCAUGGAAUUCAUAGACAAGAAGAAUACAAGGAAACCGGAGUUUCUGGAGCAAGUAUCAGACAUUCAGACAAAGCAAGCAGAAGAAGAACAGAGGAAGUUGGAGGCAGAGUUACAGGCAAAACAGCAAAAGAACAUCAAACCGGAGGAAGAGGUCGGCCAAGACCUAGCUGAAACCAUAACACUUUGACCAAGUAGCUGUGAUACUCCUUGUUAAACUUGCAUCUGGAACGCAUGGAUGAUGCUUGUGUUCAAAUUAAAAUAUUUGGAAGUUUUACCUUUUUAACAGCACAUUUCUGUGACAAAGAAUUCCUUCAGUUGCAUUAAUGCUGUCAGCCGUCUCAGACCGGUAAAUGUAUCAAGAAAAACUAUUGUUAUUUUUUAUACACUCUGCUGUACUGUAUGAAACACAAUCAUGAAUGUUGUAUUCACUGGAUUGCAAUAGGAAUUUUGUAAUGAAAAUGAUUUAUCUGAAUAUUUUCUUUGACUCCAAAUCUUUAGGUUAAUGAAAUUAUUAGUAGAUAUUGAGAAGAAUAUUGAGCAUAUUUCACUUGGUUAUGUCCUUGUUUAUUUUACUAUUCUGUUUUGUAUUAUAUGUACAUAAACUGUGAUGGAUGUCAUAUCAAUAUAUCAAAGGCAUGAA